AAUCGCGAGGCAUGACGGGAGUUGAAGUUUCUGGGUCGUGGCCGGAGAGCCGGGCAGACUCCUGAGAGCGGAAGAGCGGGAGUCGCGCGUGCAGCCAUGGUCCGGGGUCGCGUGUCGCUCUGGGUCAUCUGCGUGCUGCGCGUGGCGCUGGCCACUGUGUACUUCCAGGAGGAGUUUCUAGACGGAGAGCGCUGGAGGAACCGCUGGGUGCAGUCCACCAAUGACUCCCGGUUCGGCCACUUCAGAAUCUCGUCCGGGAAGUUCUAUGGGCAUAUAGAGAAAGACAAAGGCCUGCAGACAACCCAGAACAGCCGAUUCUACGCCAUCUCUGCCAGCUUCAAGCCAUUCAGCAAUAAAGGGAAGACCCUGGUGAUCCAGUACACAGUGAAGCACGAGCAGAAGAUGGACUGUGGCGGCGGCUACAUCAAGGUGUUCCCCUCUGACCUGGACCAAAAGAAUAUGAAUGGAAACUCUCAGUACUACAUCAUGUUUGGACCUGAUAUUUGUGGAUUUGAUAUCAAGAAAGUUCAUGUUAUCCUAUAUUUCAAAAACCAGUAUCAUUCAAAUAAGAAGUCGAUCAGAUGCAAGGUUGAUGGAUUCACCCACCUCUACACCCUGAUUUUAAAGCCAGAUCUUUCUUACGAGGUGAAAAUUGACGGCCAGUCCAUUGAAUCCGGCAGCAUUGAGUAUGACUGGAACCUGACGUCGCUGAGGAAAAUGGAAAAGACAUCAGCCGAGUCUAGGGGCUGGGAUCAGGGGGAAGGUGACAAAGCCCAGGAUUGGGAAAAGCACUUUCUGGAUGCAGGCGCCAGCAAGCCGAGCGAGUGGAACAGCGAGCUGGAUGGGGACUGGCUGCAGAAGCCGCCAUUCCAGGACGGUCUGAAAGCUGAGGGCAUAGACAAGGACUUGUGGCCCCAACGGAAGAUGAAGCCUGCCAACUAUCUGACACAGUACGACCUCUCAGAGUUCGAGAACAUAGGUGCUGUCGGUCUGGAGCUAUGGCAGGUGAGGUCUGGAACCAUCUUUGAUAACUUCCUGAUCACAGAUGAUGAAGAAUAUGCAGAGAAGUUUGGCAAGGCCACCUGGGGGGAGACUAAGGGUCCAGAAAAGGAGAUGGAUGCCAUACAGGCCAAGGAAGAAGUGAAAAGAGCCCGAGAGGAGGAUGAGGAGCUGCUGGUGGGGAAGUUUCACAGGCACAACCAUUUCAGCAGAUUCCACAGGCAAGGCGAGCUGUAGUCGUCCCCACUGUGCAUGCAGAGGACUGGGCCAGCCUCCCUGCUAAUACACAUCUGAAUGAUCACACGUCUGCAGGGUCAUUUGUCCAUGCUUGUGGUGCAGUUCCCUAGUCAUCCCCAGACCCUGUGACCUCAGUACAUAUAUCAGGAGGUGUCCCUCAGCUGCCUGUGGGACACACACCUUUAAUCUCAGGACUUCAGAGGCAGAGGCAGGCAGAGAUCUCUGUGAGUACCAGGUCAGCCUGGUCUACAUAGCAAAGUCUAGGACAACUUGAGCCACACAGUGAGACAUUGAAAAGAAAGUUUCCCUGUCCAGAACAGACCACUGGACCAGAAACCUGUAAGAAUCUGGCCACAAGCAACAUGCUUUUGUUUUGGAAUCUCUUAAAUACCUUCAUGAAAUAAAAGAUGGUAAAAUGAAUUUUUAAAAAUAUUUUAUCUUUUACUCUAAAGACAUUAAAGUUUUUAAAAAAUUGUG